AUGUCCCUUUUUCUCCAGCAUAUUGAUGCUUGCCUUCCGGUAACAGCAUUGAAAGCCUUUGGCUGGGCCGAUAAAAGAUUCGUCUUUGAGGGCCAAGGCCCUCAUUUCCGUGUGGUUGACGAUGCCACUGGCGUUGUCUCUGCGCAAAUCCAACCAUUUAAAAGAAACAAUGUUCAUGGUUUUAUUACUCUGAACCAACGGCCAACGGACCAUGGCACAGGCCAUGUUCAAAUGAUCGUCUGGGGCGGAAUUUCUGUGCGAGCCAUCAAUCUCGUCAUGGGACCUGGUACUGAAGUGUCCUUGUCAGCCUCCAGUGCCGAGUUCUAUGCCCCGGACUGGAUCAUGAGCGGAUGUGCCUCUGCUGAGAAUGGCCACCAUGGGGCAUUCAUGAUCACUGCAAACAAUGCUAUCAUUGGAUUGGAGGUAAUCAACAGUGAAGACUCGAAAAAAGAGACAGUCAUCUCUAUACACCAGCUGGCUACCAGUGUAAAGUCAAUCCUUUACUCUGCCCAUGUGAUUGCACUCUCUCCUUCUCAUAUUCUUAUGGCUUCCGGCACUGUCUUCGGAGAAAUUAUUGUAUGGUCCUGUUUCUUGCAAGGCAGUGAAUUACGCCAGGCCAAUGCCAUCGCUUCUAUCCACCAUUUCUUCACAGGGCACGAUGGUUCGAUUUUUGAUGUCCGUAUCUCUCCUCAAAUUGCGUCCCUGAACGGAGGACAGUUUGGCAGACUUCUAGCAAGCUGCAGUGAUGAUAGAACCGUGAGAAUCUGGGAUAUCUCGGACUGUGAGCGGAAAACCGCACAAGAUCCUUCCGCAUACUCGACAGAUGGAUAUGACUUAAGAAGCACAGGUUUUGGUCCUGUCGAGGAGGGUGAGCAAGGCGUUGGAUCUGAAUCGUGCGUGGCUCAGGCAUUCGGUCACAUAGCCCGCAUCUGGGGUGUUCAUUUCCGGUCUAUUCAGCAUGAUGAUCAAACUGGAAUGGGGCUUGUAUCUCGGGGUGAAGAUUCUACAUGUAUUAUGUGGGAUCUUACCUGGAAAUCGACCUCCACAGGAGCAACACAGUAUCAGCUCAAACAGACCUAUUCAUUACAUCCUCACUAUGGCAAGCAUAUCUGGUCACUGGAUCUUUGCAGACUUGGUUCUGAAACCAUUGUUUACACGGGAGGUGCGGAUGGUGCAUUGAAAAGUUUUGCCAUUGAGGAAAACGACGAUCGAUACCGGGGAAACAACAAUUUCAUGGUAGAGCAACCUUCUUCGUUGCAAAAAAGGCCACACAAAAGUCAGGGUCUGAAAGCAUCCGCUUUUGUCUCCCACGAUUGUCUUCUUGGCUCUUCUGCACAAGGUCAAGUCCAGCUUGGGUAUUUGAAGGGCACAGAAACUAAUAUUACUUGGAAGGAGCUAUGUAUUCAGCCUGAGCUUGCUUCUUGGGUAUUGAUGACCAGUGAACCCCGGAAAGGCUUAGCAUUGAUCAGUAAUGCCCGAGGACUAAUUCGAUUGUACAAUCACAGUACAAAAUCGAUUGUUGAAAUCACUGAAUUGGGUACACGGCCUCUCAAUAUGUUUUUCCUUGAAACCCAAUCAGCAGAAACUGAAACCUCAGAUCCGUCCAAGGGCUUUACCUUCUUGGUCUGCUAUACGGCAGAAGAGAAGGUAACACUUGUCACAGUCUCAGAUAUGGAAAGUGAUUGUCCAAGUGUUGAAUUAUCUACGAUUGGCGUGCCACCCUCUUUCGUGGCGGCGAGUGCAGCUUUAAUUUUCAGUGGUCAAUACUUGGCCGUCGGCUCCAAGGGCGGCGGACUUGCCAUAUUCGAAACCUUUGAUACUGACAUAGGCUCACGACCAGUGUUGCUUGAUCGACGUGUUCAUGGCAAGGAGUUCGUCAAUCACCUUAGCCUGGUGUCAUCUGUUACCCAAGAGCAUGGCUCAAGCGUUGAAUACCUAUUAAGUUGCGGUCGUGAUGGCACAUAUUGCGUUCACAAACUCGAGCUGUGCAAGGACAGAGAAGAGGCAGUAUCAAUGCAAAUAGUGCACCGUACCGCAUCUCUAGUCGGAGGCAACAUCGAAGGCGGUUAUUUCGACAAAAUGACCGGUCAUUUCAUGCUAUAUGGAUUCAGAUCUCAAGACUUUGUUCUCCGCAACGAGUCCAAACUGACAGACGUUGUAUCAAUCGCUUCUGGUGGUUUCCGCCGGGCCUGGGCUUUCCAUCCAGGAACGAAAGAUAGCGAUGCUUUGUUCACAUGGCGAGACCAAGGAGCUUUGCAGACCACCCGUAUACGCCAUGAUGCUCGCUGCUUGUUGAGAGCCGGAGCUCAUGGACGCGAACUCAAAUCAGUUGAUGUUUUCAAUCCGAUUGGGGGAGGUCAGUCUCUGAUUGCCACCGGCGCAGAAGACACUACUGUUCGUCUCUUUAAAUCGGCCCCUUCAAUGACUGCUACUUCAAAGACUGCCUUCGAGUGCCUGCGGGUCUUGGAUACACACAGAUCCGGUAUUCAACAAGUGACCUGGUCCAAGGAUGGAAGAUUUUUGUUUACUAGUGCUGCCUACGAAGAAUUCUUUGUCUGGAAAAUCAGCGAAGUCCCCUCGUUUGGUAUCGCUACGAAAUUGAUUGCCGCCAGUCCCAAAGACGACGCAGACUCGGACCUCCGGGUUCCCAGCUUUGAUAUACUGGAGGUAGAAGAUCACGAUGGGGAACAGAGCUUCAUUGUGUGCCUUGCUCUCGCGAACUCCACUCUCAAGAUCUUCCACUUCUCGCCAUCUAAUGAGGGUCAAUUCACGCUUCUGGCGUCUGGGCGAUACACGACCAACUGUUUGACCCAAGCACACUUCUUGGUGAAGAACUUGUCUGUGAGCCUUAUCACUGCAGCCACUGAUGGCCAUUUCACGCUCUGGGAUUUGACCAGCAUACUGGAGCCGUUCUACACAAUUACGAAUGCGAGCUUGAAGGCUAAAAAGCCACUUGAUGGCUCCUCGUUCUCGCCUGAAAACAUCGCAUGUGAGAAUCGGUACCAGAUUCAUUCCAACAGCAUCAAGUCGCUAGAGUUGGUACCCAUCUCUGAAACGACCACUUUAAUUGUGGCAGGCGGUGAUGAUAACUCAAUCUCUGUCUCUCGCCUGAUGACGACGCCCGACUCGAGCGUUAGCGCGCAGGUGGCUACGGUGUCAAUUCCCGAUGCGCACGCCGCGGCAGUGACUGCAGUCAAGGUGCUCAGCUCGCAUGUGUCUCAGGACAUUGCCUCCAACACUGGAUUUACCAGUAUCACUGUCGCAUCCUCUGGAAAUGAUCACCGAAUCAAGAUUUGGUUGAUCACCCUGGAUCCCACGCAGCUUGGUACACAGGGUAUCAAGGUUGAAUUCUUAUUGAACAGAUAUAGCUCCGUGGCCGAUGUAUCGUCCUUGGGGCUUAUACACGGAUCUGAGCAUGAUGUUUCUGCAGAGACUGACGAUAUUGGGUUGACAGAGAAGCCAAAGUUGGUGGUAGGCGGUGUUGGCAUGGAGAUGUUUGGUGUCAAGUUGUAA